UUCAUUGGAUUCAUGCAUUAUAAGAGCAUCUAUGUUUUCAUUGGAAGCUGCAGAUACUCAUAAAACUGCAAAAAAAUUCUAAACAUUUCCCAAUGGCUGAGAACAACACAACAAAAAGCAAUGGCCAAAUAAGUGUUCAAGAUGCACAAGUGGCUGUGGUUAUGGUACCACUUCCAGCACAAGGCCAUCUCAACCAGCUUCUCCACCUCUCGAGGCUCAUCACCUCAUAUAAUAUCCCAGUGCACUAUGUUGGAGCAACCACUCAUAUUCGCCAGGUCAAGUUACGUGUCCAUGGUUUCGACCCUGUUACUACUAAAAACCUACAUUUUCAUGAAUUUCCUACACCACUUUUAGAAAACCCCCCUCCAAAUCCAAAUGCUUCUCAUAAAUUUCCUAACCAUGUACUCCCUUUACUUUAUGCAACAAUCCAUUUCCGUGAGCCAGUGUGCUCUCUUGUAAACCAACUCUUAGGCGCCAAUCAUCGGAGAGUGAUUGUUAUUUAUGAUUCUCUGAUGACUUGGGUGUUGGAGGAUAUACCAGCAAUUCCAAAUGCCGAGUGCUACCGUUUUAAUGGUUUCUCAGCUUUCUAUAUGUUUUCAUCGAAGAGCUCGCCAUCGGGUUAG